CUGCGGCUCCCCCCACCUCGGCUGCGUGGGACGAGAUUCGCGCCGCAGGUGCAACAGCUGCGCUGCGCUCGCCAGCCCCUGCCGGGGAAGCGCGGCCGGGCCAGAGGCCGUCCCCGUGCACGCUCCCGCCCGUGGCGCCGCUGCCGCGCAGCGCCGGCCCCCCGCGCGGGCGAUGCGGCGCACUGCGCAUGAGCGGGAGGCGGCGGAAGGGCCCGUGAGGAGCCGGGAGCUGCUGCCGCCGGAGGAAGCCGUUGCUGCCGCCGACGCCCUCAGUCUCCGCCUGAGCCGGGAGGGAAGAGGCCUGCACAGUCCUCAACAUGAACAAGUUGAAAUCGUCACAGAAGGAUAAAGUGCGUCAGUUUAUGGUGUUCACACAAUCUAGUGAAAAGACAGCAGUGAGCUGCCUCUCUCAAAAUGACUGGAAGUUAGAUGUUGCAACAGACAACUUCUUCCAAAAUCCUGAACUUUAUAUACGAGAGAGUGUUAAAGGAUCAUUGGACAGAAAGAAGUUAGAACAGUUAUAUAACAGAUACAAAGAUCCUCAAGAUGAAAAUAAAAUUGGUAUAGAUGGCAUACAGCAGUUUUGUGAUGAUUUAGCUCUUGACCCAGCCAGCAUUACUGUACUUAUCAUUGCAUGGAAGUUUCGAGCUGCAACACAGUGUGAAUUUUCAAAGCUGGAAUUCAUGGAUGGAAUGACUGAGCUGGGAUGUGACAGCAUAGAAAAACUGAAGGCUCAGAUUCCUAAAAUGGAACAAGAGUUGAAAGAGCCAGGAAGAUUUAAGGAUUUUUAUCAGUUUACCUUCAACUUUGCAAAGAAUCCGGGACAGAAAGGUUUAGAUUUAGAAAUGGCCAUUGCCUACUGGAAUUUAGUACUUAAUGGAAGAUUUAAAUUUCUAGACUUGUGGAACAAAUUUUUGUUGGAACAUCAUAAAAGAUCUAUUCCUAAGGAUACCUGGAACCUUCUUCUAGACUUUAGUACAAUGAUAGCAGAUGAUAUGUCUAACUAUGAUGAGGAAGGAGCAUGGCCAGUUCUUAUUGAUGACUUUGUGGAAUUUGCACGCCCUCAAAUUGCUGGGACAAAAAGUACGACAGUGUAGCACUAAAGGACCCUUCUAGAGUGUACAUAGUCUGUACAAAUACCUGAAAUGGAAAAUUGCACAGUCAAUUUCUGCUGGCUGGACUGAACUGAAGAUCAAUCCUCAGAAUAUGGCUGAGGGUUGAGACAAACCUUUAAGGAUACAUCUUGGACCAUAUCAUAUUUCAUUCUUCUACUGGUGGUUCGGGCUUUUCUUCUAGUCUGGACCACUCUUGCCCGUUAAAAUUCCAACAUUGAGGAUUUCAUCAUGGAUUUUUGGUUUUGGGGGUUUUGGUUGUUUUGGGGGUUUGUUUUUGGUUUUUAUUUUGGUGGACCACCCUAGUUUCAUCUCCCGUAAGUCCUAGAAGCUUAAUAAUUAUUUUGAGGUUUCUGUUUUUUUACAUGAAGCACAAUGCUGGUCAUCAUCAGACAACUCUUGUGUGGCAUAUGAAUUAGAUCAACAGCAAACCAGUUUUUAAAAGACUCCUUAAAUAUACACUUGGGGCUAGCUGCAAAAGACUGUAUUGAUAGCACUUCCUGUAAAAGUGAUAUAUUUAAGCGUACUGGGUCCGAUGAGUCUUUUUCUUUUCUGGAAGAGUGCAGGUAUUGUCUAAGUGAGUUGGAGUAGCUGGUAAAAGCAAUUGCAGAAAUAAGCAAGCAAACCCGAGGUGGUUGUCACUGGGAUAUCUAGGUGCCUAUCUGAAUGGUUCGAUUGUACAUCAGCUGGCUGGGAGAACAGUUGAAGUACGACACAACUACUGUGCACUUAAAGCAGCUGUGUGUAAUGUUCUAGCUGGCCUUCAGUGAGCUGUGUGUGUCAUGAUAGAGUCUGAUACUCUCUAGCUUAUUCUCUUAGGAACGCAGAGUUCAUUACAGUUUUGAAAUGAUGAUGUCUGUCAAAGAAAGGGUUUUCAUUUCUGUGGAAAUCUCAAACUUGAAUAUACUGAAUUUUGUCUUAAAUGUUUGCUACACAGUACAGUAUUUUAAAUCAAGACAUGUAAUUUUUAUGGUUGAGGUAUGAUGAGACAAGCGGCCCUGUCAUACCAGAAGCUGGUGAGUUUGAUGUGAAUCUAGGCUUUGAAACCGUUAUCCUGAGAAGAAAGUUAACUCUUUAUAACACAGAGGUACUGCCAUUAUGGAUGACACCCAUUUAUGAAAAUUAUUUUCAUGAGCUCUCCUUAAAUUGCCAUAUCACUGUGGUUGCCAAAUACUGAAACAAAGAGUAAAGCUUUCCCCAGCCAGCACAGAUCAGAUACGAAAUAGUGCUCUGGCUUCAUCUGCUGAAAUUGUUUUGUGGAUCAUCACUACUUCUUACUGUCCUGCUGCAUUUAACUCAGUCAAGUUAAUGUGUUCAGAACAAGUUUUAUUAGAUACAGUUCUUUUUUUUUUUAACAUUACAAGAGCUCUCGAGCUGCUGUUGUGCUAAACAUGGUCUUUUGCUCCUCAGUUACUCGUGAAGAGCUUUGAUAAAUAGCUGCUCUGUAAAACAAGCCGGAAAACACCAAGCUCCAGGAGAAAAGACAGACCAGAGUUACAAGGAAGGAUAGAGGCUUAAGUCCAUGCUCUGGAUAAUCCCAUGGUAAAGUCAGAGUUCUUUUUGCAGUGAGUUAUUGGUACUUACACUAAACAGCAGAACACUUUUAUGCAGAUGCUGAAAGUAUUUUAGAAUUAUUGACUAUUAAAACUGCUAAAAAUAAUCUGUGCUCUCUGAAGUUGACCCCCCCAGAGCAAAGCGCUUGGAAGAAAGUCCUCUUGUGCAUUUAUUUUCAAGAACACCAUUCCAUAAAAACAUUGCAGACUUCCUCCAGCUACUGGAAUUGGUAAUACAAAGGAAAAAAAAAAGUGUUUUGCUGCUUUCAGUAUUUCCUUUUCUCAAUUUUGUGUAAAUAUAAAUAAGGACUUGAAAUUGGGGGCGGGGGGGGGAGUGGACGGAAACUCUGCAAAGUCUUGCUAUAUGCUAUUUUCUGUUGAGGGGUUUGGUCCAGUUUCAGAUUGGAUAGUUGAAAAGUUGGGUGCUUUUGGAGAGGAGAACUGACUUGCUUUUUAUCCCACUACAGAACUUGCCCUCCAAAAAGCCUAAGACUGGGUAGCAGCGUAAGGCCGUGGUGUUUUAAAGACUAUUCCUUUUGAAUGCAAGAUCUUUUCAAGUGUUGUCAUCAGUUUGGUACUACAUGCUUAUAAUUACUGUGUAAUUAUAAAGAAAUACAUAAACCUUUGACUAAUUAUGUUGCAGAAAAGGGUUACUCGUGCUACGAUGGCAUCUGAAAAGUUUGUCAAAGUGAGAGAACCAUCGAUUAGCAGGGUGUUGCUGUAAGGACAGAAUGCCUGGGUACAGGGAGUAUUUUGUAUUGAAACGUGCUCAGAUGUGGCCAUGUGUUUUUCCUUUAUAUAUUUGUGUGAGGCUUCUUGGGGUUUGUUUUCUUUUUUUUUUUUUUCCUUUAAGAAUGCAGACUGCUGCUUCCUUGGAUUGCUUUUGAGUCGUAAGUGCUUAUGGCUUCAAUUUGAUGAUCUCCCCUUAGAUGCACCGGUUUAAUUUUUGCCAAAUGUCAAGGAAAAAAAGGGAGGUGAACACCAAGUUUGUAACCGGUUUUUAUACAUGAAACAUGUACAAAAUUGAAAGUGCCCUGAUAUAAAACACUUAAUCUCGAGAUUAUAUUUAGUAAAAAAAAAAAAAACAACAAACCAACAUCAUUUACAUAUCUCUGUAAGUUCAAAUGUAACUUCUUACAAUCCCUCUCAUUACCAACAGAGGCAAUAAAGCUCCAGUGAAAUUGCCAUGACUUAAGUCUUCUCAUGCAUUGUUUCAGUCUGUUCUUUGUCAGAUGGCUCAAGAAUGCUUUUAUGCAGGGAGGGGAGGGAAAAGUGUGGAAUACUUCUGAAUUAAAUACUUUAUUGGCAAAGGUGUUUUUUUGGUUUUUUUUUUUGGGAAAAAAGGUGUCAGAGCUGCUCCAACACUUUCCCUACAACUCCUUCCCAGCCAUGCUGUGUUGCCAUGAACGAGCAUGUGAACGAAGAGACCACACACACUGCAUUGUUUCAGUCUGGUUGUAGACAUCUGUGAGUAAUGUGACCUUUUUUUUUCUUAAUUGCUCAAAACUGUUAAUAAGUCACUUUUGAGUUGCUUCAAAACUGUUUGGUGAUGAAAUCCAUGCUGGGAAAUCCUUAUUUAAGAAAAAGAUAUAAUUUUUUUAAAAAAUGCAUUUAAUAAACUUUUGUCAUUCACACUUUA